AUGGCACGCUUGGGACAACUGUGGGUGGAGCAGCUGGUGUGGAAGCCCGAUCUUUUCAAAGGGAAGGUGGUGUUCGUCACUGGCGGCGCCGGCACCAUCUGUAAAGUGCAAACGGAGGCGCUUGUGUUGUUAGGGGCCGACGCCGCCAUUGUCGGGCGUAACCAGGAGAAAACCGAUGCUGCUGCUGCUGAAUUAGCUCAAUUGCGCCCCGGGGCACGGGUGAUCUCGUGUGCUAAUACCGAUGUCCGCAAAGUGGAGCUGAUCAAAGCCGCCGUCGACAAAACGGUGGCGCAGUUGGGGCGCAUCGAUUUCGUCAUUGCCGGCGCUGCGGGUAACUUCUUAUCCGAUUUCAACCACUUGUCAUCCAACGCUUUUAAGCUGGUGGUCGACAUCGACUUGUUGGGGUCGUAUAACACCGUCAAGGCGUGCUUCGACCAGUUGCGGAAGAACAAAGGCGCGAUCAUUUUCGUGUCGGCCACCCUCCACUACUACGGGGUCCCGUUUCAGAUCCACGUGGGAGCGGCUAAGGCCGGGGUCGAUGCUCUUUCGCAAGCGUUAGCCGUGGAAUUGGGCCCGUUGGGGAUCCGGUCUAAUUGUAUUGCCCCCGGUGGCAUCGCUGAGACCGAGGGGUUGCUGCGGCUCGUGCCUGACUUGGACGCCUACAUCGCCCGAAUCCCGUUGCAGCGGUUGGGGCUGACCCAGGACAUCGCCGAGGCCACGGUGUACUUGUUCUCCGACGCCGCCUCCUACGUCACCGGCACGGUGCAGGUGGUCGACGGCGCCGCCUGGCACAUGGGCACCUCGAUGGGCAACACCUACCCCGUCCAGAUCAUCAAUCGCAACCUGGAACCAGGGACGAAAUUGUAG